AUGGAGGCAGGCUUUAGUGAAACUUAUGAAUGCCGGGAAAUUUCUGAAGGAACGCCUAAAAGAAGUUUAAGAAAUCGAAGUAAACCAAAAAAAUAUGGUGAUUUUUUAGACUUGUCACCAGUAAAAAGAAGAAGUAUAAUAGAGGAUGAAAGUUCUGAAGAUGAUGAAAUGAAAAGGUUGUGUCCAGAAAAACCUACAGCUUUGUUUUGCAGUGACGAUGUGGAUGGCCAAGAUAUUUUUAAAUUUAAAUCACGUCAUACAAAAAAUGACUUACAAAAUAUAGUGAAGACUGUUGUAAGCAAUUCACCUAUUGUGACAAACACUCCAAUGAAAACUCCUAAAAAAGUUAAAGCUUUUGCUCACUUACAAAACAUGUCUGAAGCUACACCUAGACAAGUUACUGAUAUCAUAAAGAAAAGAAUUAUUCGUGAAGUCGAAAGUGACAGCGCAGAGAGUGAUUACUCGGAUGGAAGUAGUGAUGAUUUUGUACCUGAAAAGAGUGAUGACGAGUCUGAAUCACCUUCUGCAUCGGCGAGUUCUGAAGAGAAUGAAGAGGAUGGCAGUGGCGAAGAAAAUAAAAAAAAUUGUUUAAACAAAAAGAAAGGACAAUUUAUAAAGAACAGGGAUAAUAAGAUGAAACCAAAAGAUUCUGAAUACGUAGUCACUCCAGAUAAUUAUUUCAUGAUGCAUUCCAGUAAAAAGAUAACCACAUCCGAUCACACUCUCGCAAGAUUAAAGAACAUGAACCUGAAUGACGAAAAAGACGCAGAAACUUACGUCUCAGAUGAACACAAAAACAAAAUAGUCGAAUUGCUACAAUCUUAUGAACAAUUAUUUAACAGGUGGUUGUAUGUUUUGAGUGAAAACUUCAAUAUAAUCCUCUACGGUAUUGGCUCAAAGCGUUCAGUUUUAUACCAAUUUCAAGUACAAAAACUGAAGGAUUUACCCUGCAUUGUUGUAAAUGGUUUCUUUCCAAGUCUAACAGUCAAAAGUAUUUUGGAAGCAAUCGUCAUUGACCUUUUGGAGAAUACACGUGUGCCUUCAAACGUAGGCGAUACGGUGAAUUUAAUAGAUUCUCAACUAUCGGAGAAUGGAGUCGAUUUAUUUCUUAUAAUACACAAUAUUGACGGUGCAAUGUUACGGAACGUUAAAGCCCAGUCGGUUUUGGCAAGCUUAUCUCGACUGAAAAAUGUCCAUACUAUUGCGACUAUCGAUCACAUUAACGCGCCACUUUUAUGGGACCAUUCAAAACUGAGCAAAUUUAAUUUCACAUGGUGGGAUGUGACCACCUUCUUGCCAUACAUAGAGGAGACUUCGUUUGAGAAUUCACUGAUGACACACCGAAGUGGCGCGCUGCAGUUGUCCUCAUUGAAGAGCGUGUAUCAAUCCCUCACCAGCAACGCUAAAGGAAUAUUCAACAUAAUCAUAGAGUACCAGUUAGCGAACCAUAAACAAACACAUUAUCAAGGUAUAUCCCUCAAGGAAUUAUAUUCAAAAUCACGAGAACAAUUUUUGGUGAGCUCCGACUUGGCUUUGCGAGCUCAACUUACAGAAUUCUUAGACCACAAACUAGUGAAAAUAAAAAGAACUUUUGAUGGAAGUGAAAACUUAGUGAUACCAAUUGAAAGUGUUUUGCUACAACAAUUUUUAGAACAGCAAAAUAAUUAG